AUGGAACAUCAAAUAUACGCUGAUAAAGAAUACGACGAAUUAAUCAAGCCCAUCAUGAUAGCUGCCAAAUUCGUCUCCUUUUGGCCUUUGAAGAGAGACCAUUCAACUAGCGCGGAAGUGUUCAAGACUUGUCAUGUGCUCUGGUUCUUUUUCGUACUCAUCUCAAUGUGUAUCAGCGUGACGGCCGAUAUAGUUAACAAUUUUAAUGAUUUGGACGAACUGACAGCAUGCGCUUUAACGGGCUCCGCACUUUAUCUCGCCACAUUACGUCUCAUUAUCUACACGGCCUCUCAAAAAGAUAUGCUAUAUGUGGUCGAGAUUAUGAGAAAGGAUUGGACUUGUUCAUCUUAUGAAGAUAGAGUCGUUCUAAAGGAGAAGUGCCUUUUUGCAUUUCGACUCGCAAAAUGCUUUAUAAUUAUGGUAGUUGUAACCGUAACUACCUUCUCAUGCAUACCAAUUUUAGAGGCAUAUGUUUUUGGAAGAGAGAAGAUAUUUCCCUUCCGUGGAUAUUUCUUCGUCAAUCAAUCGGUCACACCCGUCUACGAAUGUAUCUAUGUUUUCAAUGUAAUGGGUGGUUUUUUUGGAGGUGGCACGAUAGUCGGCGCGACCAGUUUCAAUUUUGUCGCGAUAACGCAUGGAUCAGCGAAAUUCGCGGUGCUGCGAAAGAGGCUGGAAGCAAUGAAUAGCAAUGAUCCCAAUGCUGACAGAGCAAUGGCAAACUGCAUUAAAGAUCAUCAAAAUGCUAUUAUUUUCGCGGAUGCGCUCGAAAGAAUCAUAAACAUCUUAGCGUUAGGACAAUUCGUUAUCAGUACCGGUUUGGUUUGCUUCGCGGGAUUUCAAAUUACUUCGAUGAUGAAAAAUAAGGCACGGUUGAUGAAAUAUUCGAUGUUUUUGAACUCCGCCAUCCUGGAGCUUUUCAUGUUCAGUUUCAGCGGACACGCGUUAAUAGACGAGGCGAUACAUAGUUCGUUGAGCUCACAAUCGCCUGUAAUUAAUUUACGGCCAACGCUUGUAACGAACCAGAGCGAUGCCGUGAGCAAGUCGGCUUACUGUAGCUACUGGAUCGGCGGCACUUUCGGUCGGAGUCUGCAGAUCGUGAUGAUGCGGUCGAAAGUUCCUUCCAGGAUCACCGCCGCGAAGUUCUACAGCAUGUCUCUCGAAAGUUUCUCUCAAGUUCUCAGUACAUCUUUCUCCUAUAUAAUGAUUCUGAAGACCGCGAGUGAAGAAUCUUCAAUUCUGACAUCCUUGAGCACUCAGCUCCAGCAAGCACUUAAAUCUCUCAAUUCUCACAUUUACAAAUCCUUUGUACUCUACAAGUUCGAUGUGGCAAGCUGCCCAAAAUCGUUUUUUCCAAAUCUUAAUCAUAUUUACCAUCUGGCGUUUUAUGGAACGCCUUGUACACAUAAUUCGUGAUGCUCUCUUUUCCGUACUGAUGUCGUCGGAGGCAAGGAAUCGGAUAACAUCCAGCAAAAUGACACAGUGAGUUCAACCGAGGUAGUCACUAAACUCACUCGUUCGUUCACUCGCUCACUCCUGGUGGGGUAA